ACGUGGAGUCAGAUCUCAGCGGUUGGUUUGGCUGAACACAACGUUAACAGCGGUGGACAGGAAAACCUGAGACUUUCUCAGUCACAGACCUGAGGGGAGAUAAGAGAGAAAUGGCUGAGCUCUGACCUGGAAAGUGUCAGUGAGUUCUCUCACAGUGCAGUGAAGGUCCGGCAGCGCUGCGCUCCGGGUCUCUCAAAUCUCCGUGUUUGAUUUGAAGUGACUGUCUGAGGCGGAGUGAAGAUCACAGAUUACACUCUGCACUUCGGCUCCUGCUAUCAGUUAGGUACUCGAGAGAAGCUGAGAGGAGACAGUGUGCUCUACAGACUGACACUCGGUUCCUACAUAAACGACUUCAGCUGGACUUGGUGGUUUUAAUGGGACGCUGUUAGCCGUGUUAGCUCGUUUUAGCUCGUCAUUAGCUCAGUUCUGUGAUGGAGCGCGUGCCCGAGCGCAAGGACAUGGACAACUGCCUGAAACGGCUAAAACAGGAGCUGAUUUCCAUGAGGGAGGCAGGUGAUGGUCUUCAAGCUCAGAUGAACUCUAUGAUGGGAGCUCUGCAGGAGCUGAAACUCCUUCAGGUUCAGACUGCACUGGAGCAACUGCAGAUCUCCUGCAAAACCACUCAGCUUCCUCCUGGAGCUACAGCUUCAGAUACACAGUUUGUAGAACAGCUGGAAAACAUCCCGAGAGAAACCAGGAAAAAGGAUACAGAGAUAUCAGAAAGAUCACAGAAUCAUACAUUCACAAGGGAAUCAAGUCUGUCAGACCUAGAAAUGGACCCACCCAUGUUCCUCACCAGCUCCCCAUUUGAGGACAAUAGUCUUGCUCCACACAGGCUACCUAGGAGGCAGGACCCAAGAGGAACCCACCAUAGAGGAAGCCUUUGCACGUCUGCCUCUUUCUCCAGCUUUGAUGAUGACAGCUUCUCUUCGCGUGACUCUCGUGGUUCUCCUUUGGAAAAUGCAUCUUGCCAUUCAGCCUCAAGGUCCACAUUUGAGGAGCAUCAACCUCCGUUCCACCCAGCAACAAUGGCAGAGCUUCAGGGGCUAAUGGACACUCUAUCACGUGAAGGUCCCUCCAUUGACAGUGAUUUUUCUCAUUACGACACAGACGACUCCAGCGACUGGACAUCCUCUCUAAUGAGCCAUAGCCGAAACAGACAGCCAUUGGUGCUCGGAGACAACGUCUUGGCCGAUCUUGUGGGAAACUGGCUGGACUUGCCUGAGCUGGAGAGCCGGCUAGCCAAUGAAGAAGAGCGAGUAGGAAGGUUGGCUGAAGCUGCCGAGCAUCCACUGCGCCUCAGCUGCUCUCAGGAGUUCUGCAGGAGACUCACUCUAACUACUAACAUCUUCAAAAAAGUCUUGAGGAGCAUUCGACCCGACCGGGACAGACUGCUCAAGGAGAGACCCGGGUGGCUGACCCCAGAGGAUGAGGAGGAGGAACUGUUAAAAAGAGCCAAGAAGAUAAAGGGCUCCAAGCCAAAAGGAAGCUUUUAUAGACCCUUCUGGAAAAGAGAUGGUGGGAGAGCCUGGAAAAGUAGGCCAAAACCAGACAACAUCGAGGAGAUUACGAGUUCAAAAGGGUCUGUAUUUGAUUAUAGCUCUGCAGUAUGGGUCUAAAAGCUGAUUACAAUCAGUGAUGAUCACACAGAAAAAACUGAGGACUUAUUUAAAUAAAGCAGAUGAGUGUGGAGGCCUAAGAAGCUCAGAUAGACUGAAAUUAUAAGAACUCUCAGUACCAAAGCUUUCGUUAUCAACCUUGAUGUUUCAAGCACAUAGAAAAUUUGACUGAUUUCUUUGUUUCCAGAUCUCAGAUUUGUUUUUCCUAGUACUGUACAUUCCUCUAAAACUAUUCUCUAUGUAUAUCAUGUCCUUGCAUAUGAAAAAGUAAUACCACAAUGUCUCUGUAUAUAAGGUCACCACACAAAUAGAGUGUUUUUGUAAAGUAUCUUUUGGGGAAACAAAAACAAGCUGUCUGUUCCUGCUGAGUCAAAUUAACCACUGUCAGUCUGCUCAUUGAUUUUCUGCCUCCUUAAGCAGGGAUGUCAGACCGCCAAUCAAAUGACCAACAAUGCUGAUUACCCAGACCUCUCAGGACCUUACACAAAUAAUCAUCCAGACCACCUCUACUCCUGUAGUCUUGCUGUCUUUUAUUCUACAGCCAACUCUCAUGCAGACAGAGAAAGAUGUAAUGCUUGUAUGCACAUGUUGAUAUUUUUAAAAUAAAAAA